UAGCUCGGGGUUCAGGAGCUCUCCGUCGGUUCUCCCGGUGUCUUCGCGCCGAGAGACGGAGAUGGAGCGGCUGUGCGGACCAAAGCUCCCUUUCUGGGAAGCCAAUCAGACGCUCCACACAGAUCUGCCCGACCUCCCAGAGUGUUUCCAGCUCUCUGUCCUGUCAUGGCUGCCGUGCGUCUACCUUUGGGCCGUCUCCCCCAUCUACCUGUUCUAUCUCAAGAGGAACAACAGAGGCUACAUCAUGAUGUCCAUCAUGAACAGAUUCAAAACGGUGUUCGGCUUGUUGUUGUGGAUUGUGUGUUGGACCGAUCUCUUCUACACAUUCCACGAGCUUCGGCAGGGUCACACCCAGCCGCCCAUCUACUUCGUUACCCCGCUGGUUCUGGGCAUGACCAUGCUGUUGGCCACGUUUCUGAUCCAGUUUGAGAGGUUACGCGGGGUCCAGUCCUCAGGGGUCCUCUUCAUCUUCUGGUUCCUGUCUGUGCUGUGUGCUGUCGUGCCUUUUCGCUCCAAGAUCCUACAGGCCUCCAGCCAGAACGAAGUGACGGACAAGCUUCGAUUCACCACGUUCUACUUCUACUUCGGCCUGGUGGUGUGUGAGCUGAUCCUCUGCUGCUUUAAUGAGAAACCACCUCUCUUCUCCAAUGUUGUCACAGACCCUAAUCCCUGCCCUGAAACCACAGCAGGAUUUCUCUCCACCCUGACGUUCUGGUGGUUUACAAGCAUGGCUAUUAAAGGCUACAAAACGCCUCUGGAGAGCAAAGACCUUUGGUCUCUGAACCAACGCGACAGCUCCAAGGUGACGGUGCCCAAACUCCUCAAAGAGUGGGAGAAGGAGCUGGCCAAAGCCAAGAGCAGUGAAGAGAAUCUCUCCAGCCAGGCUGUGUACUCCAAGCCCCCUCCGUCCACCACCAACCACACCGGAGGAGGAGGAGAAAGCAGCCCCGAGGAAGUAGAGGUGCUGCUGUCCAAUCAGAAGGCUGCGUCCCGCAAGCCGUCUUUCCUACGCGCCCUCAUCAAAUCUUUUGGACCCUACUUUAUGAUUGGCUCGGCCUACAAGCUGCUUCAGGAUGUCAUCACCUUCAUCAACCCUCAGCUGCUCAGGAUGCUGAUCUCGUUCACAAAGCAGAAGGGUGCUCCCGACUGGUGGGGUUACUCGCUGGCCUUCCUCAUGUUCUUCACAGCGUUCCUGCAGACUCUCAUCCUCCACCGUCACUUUCAGUACUGCUUCGUCACCGGCAUGAAUGUACGCACAGCCGUCAUAGGAGCUAUCUACAGGAAGGCACUGGUGAUAACUAACGCUGCCAAGCGUUCAUCCACUGUGGGAGAGGUAGUCAACCUGAUGUCGGUGGACGCACAGAGGUUCAUGGACCUCACCACCUUCCUCAACCUGCUGUGGUCGGCUCCUAUUCAGAUUAUGCUGGCGCUAUAUUUCCUCUGGCAGAACCUCGGUCCGUCCGUUCUGGCUGGGGUGGCUGUCAUGAUCAUGCUGAUCCCCUUUAAUGCCGUCAUCGCCAUGAAGACGCGGGCCUACCAGGUGGAGCAGAUGCAGUACAAGGACUCUCGUAUCAAGCUGAUGAACGAGAUCCUGAAUGGCAUCAAAGUCCUGAAGCUGUAUGCCUGGGAGAACUCCUUCAAAGAAAAGGUCCUUGCCAUUCGGCAGAAAGAGCUCAACGUGCUGCGCAAGACGGCCUACCUGGGAGCGCUGUCCACCAUGGCCUGGACCAGCGCCCCGUUCCUGGUUGCCUUGACAUCGUUUGCCGUGUUUGUGACAGUGGAUGAGAACAACGUCCUGGACGCGGAGAGGGCCUUUGUGUCGCUCUCACUCUUUAACAUCCUCAGGUUCCCUCUAAACAUGCUUCCCCAAGUCAUCAGCAGCCUCGUGCAGGCCAGCGUAUCGCUGAAGCGAAUCCAACAUUUCCUGAGUCAUGAUGAGCUGGAUCCAAAUUCAGUAGACAGAACCAACACAGCCACAGAGUUUUCAGUGACAGUGGUCAACGGGAAAUUCAGCUGGGCUAAAGAAGAUCCUCCUGUCCUGCACAAUAUCAACGUGAUGGUUCCUCAAGGCUCCCUGCUGGCGGUGGUGGGCCACGUCGGCUGUGGGAAGUCCUCUCUGAUCUCUGCGCUGCUCGGUGAAGUGGAGAAACUGGAGGGAGAGGUUUCUAUUCGGGGAUCAGUGGCAUACGUACCCCAGCAGGCCUGGAUACAGAAUGCCACCCUGAGGGACAACAUCCUGUUUGGGAAAGCCUACAAUGAGCAUAAGUACCGCUGCGUUCUGGAAGCCUGUGCCUUAACUCCUGACCUGGAAGUGCUGCCUGGAGGAGAUAUGACUGAGAUAGGCGAGAAGGGCAUCAACCUCUCCGGUGGGCAGAGGCAGAGGGUGAGUCUGGCCCGAGCCCUGUACAGCGACACUGACGUCUACCUGCUGGAUGAUCCGCUGUCAGCCGUGGACGCCCACGUGGCCAAACACAUCUUUGACAACCUCAUCGGUCCAGAGGGUGUUCUAAAGGGCAAGACACGUAUUCUAGUGACACAUGGCAUCAGCUUCCUGCCUCAGGUGGAUAACAUCAUGGUGAUGGUGGACGGCAGGGUGUCAGAGAUGGGCUCCUACCAGGAGCUGCUCAAACAGAACGGAGCCUUCGCAGAGUUUCUCAGGAACUACGCCCUGGAGGACAUCGUAGAGGAGGAAGAGGCCACUGAGGAUCAAAUUGAAGAUGAGGAACUGUUCCCUGACGAUGCCCUUAGCAACCACACAGACAUGGUGGACAACGAGCCGGUGAUCAAUGAAGCUAGGAGAAGUUUCAUAAGGCAGAUCAGCAUCAUUUCAGCAGACGGAGAGAACCCCAAGUCCCGCUCGGUGAGGAGACGUGGCUGCAGCCAGAGGAAACACUCCGAGCAAGAGGAGAAGAAGAAACCACUCGAGAUGAAGAAACUCAUCCAGGCAGAGACCGCGGAAACAGGCAGGGUGAAAACAAAAGUGUACCUGGAGUAUGCUAAGGCGGUGGGAGUUCUUCUCUCGGUGUUCAUCUGCUUCCUGUACGGCUGCCAGAGCGCGGCGUCCAUCGGAGCGAACAUCUGGCUCAGCCAGUGGACCAAUGACGCCUCAACGAAUCAGACCAAGGAGAAUGUUCACAUGAGGGUGGGGGUGUACGCAGCACUGGGCAUUGCACAAGGUAUCCUGGUCAUGAUCUCUUCCUUCACACUAGCCAUGGGGAACAUCGGUGCAGCCCGGAAGCUGCACUCUAACCUCCUCACCAACAAAUUUCACACGCCCCAGUCUUUCUUUGACACCACGCCUAUAGGACGAGUCAUCAACCGCUUCUCCAAGGACAUCUACGUCAUAGACGAGGCUCUCCCGGCCACCGUGCUCAUGUUCCUGGCCACCUUCUUUGUUUCUCUCUCCACCAUGAUAGUUAUCGUUUCCAGCACACCCAUCUUUGCCGUUGUCAUAGUGCCGCUGGCUUUCAUAUACAUCUUUGUGCAGAGAUUUUAUGUCGCCACGUCUCGGCAGCUAAAGCGUCUGGAGUCGGUCAGCCGCUCGCCCAUAUACUCCCAUUUCUCAGAGACCGUCACUGGCAGUAGUGUAAUCCGAGCCUAUGGCAGACACUCAGCCUUUGUUCUGAUGAGUGAUAUGAAAGUGGAUGACAACCAAAAGAGUUACUACCCUGGUAUAGUGUCCAACAGGUGGCUCGGAGUGCGUAUUGAGUUCAUUGGGAACUGCAUGGUGUUGUUUGCUGCUCUGUUCGCCGUGAUUGGGAAGGAGAAUCUGAACCCGGGCCUUGUGGGUCUGUCAGUGUCCUACGCUCUGCAGGUGACCAUGUCGCUGAAUUGGAUGGUGCGAAUGACUUCAGAUCUGGAGAGCAACAUAGUAGCAGUGGAGAGAGUGAAGGAAUACUCUGAGACCAAGACAGAGGCCCCCUGGGAGGUGGAGGACAAGAAGCCCCCACCUGAAUGGCCCAUGGAGGGGAACGUGGAGUUCCAAGACUACAGCGUUCGGUACCGAGAGGGGCUGGAUCUUGUCCUAAAGAACCUCACGCUGAGCGUCAAAGGAGGAGAGAAGAUUGGUAUCGUGGGUCGUACAGGGGCUGGCAAGUCCUCCAUGACGCUCUGCCUUUUCAGAUUGCUCGAGGCUGCAGCCGGAGAGAUCACCAUCGACGGGCUGAAGAUAUCCGAGCUAGGGCUGCACGACCUGAGGUCCAGACUCACCAUCAUUCCACAGGAGCCUGUGCUGUUCUCGGGCACACUGAAGAUGAACCUGGACCCCUUUGAGAAGUACACUGAUGAAGACAUGUGGAGAGCUCUGCAACAGUCCCACCUCCACAAGUUUGUCAGCAACCAGCCGGCAAAACUGGAGCUGGAGUGCUCAGAGGGAGGAGAGAACCUCAGUGUGGGCCAGAGGCAGCUGGUGUGUUUGGCUCGAGCUCUCCUGAGGAAGACGAGGAUCCUCAUCCUGGAUGAAGCUACAGCUGCGAUCGACCUGGAAACAGAUGACCUCAUCCAGUCCACCAUUAGGACUCAGUUUGACGACUGCACCGUGUUUACCAUCGCUCACAGGCUCAACACAAUCAUGGAUUACACAAGAGUGCUGGUGUUGGACAAGGGACAGAUAGCAGAGUUUGACACUCCGGCAAACCUCCUAUCGCAGAAAGGCAUCUUCUACGGCAUGGCUAAAGAUGCAGGACUGACACAGUAGAACCGCCUUUUUUACCCAAUGUUACAAACCAGGGUUCAGUCUGACUCUGAAUUUUAAACCUGGCAGUGGAACUGAAGAGUGCCUUUUAUGUGUACUUGGUAUUUUUUUCAGGACACUUGCUGCCGGUUUUGAAUUCAGCCUGAACUCCUCUGCAGACUUGGAUGGAUUAGCAGUUGCAAACAGAUGUAGUGUUUGUCUGAACCAACAUCAGGACAUUUACCUACUCUUCUGUGAUUGUCUUAAGUUUCUGGCACUGACUGUAUUGUCUUGGUUGGCAAACACUGUCUCCUUGGCAUCUAAAUAGGAAAAAACAAGCCAUAUGUGCAAAUACUAGUUGAUCCAAGUCUGCUCUUUAGUGCCUUCUGCCAGUGGGAUGAAGAAAGCCAGUGAAUGUAUCAUUUUAUAAUCGGCUCUUUGCUGCAAACAACAAAACAGAACUUUUUUAUUUUAUAUUUUCUACAAAGAAAAAUACUGUGCCACUGUACUUUCCUCAUAAGAAAAAAAAGAAUAUACACUUUUGUGAUAAACCCACUUAUUUUUGUAUUGUACCGUUAUUUAAGCUACUUUUUAAAUAAUUGUAUCAUCUAGGGAAGUUUGCUCAGUUAAAUAUGUGAUUCUUUUGUGAACCAAAUCUAUUAAAACUUGAAUUCUGUACCACCAAAAUAUGAAAUAUGAUAAUGCCUUUAUUAAAA